UAACGAGAGCCACACGGUCCCAUCACAAAGGCAGCCUCCACAAAGCAAUGGCUUCUCCCCGAAGCCAAACUCCUGGCGAAGGAAGGCGAGGAGAGGAGUCUUCUUUGGGACUCGACUGGUCUCGGCAUGGCCAUCGAUCCCGUUCCUGCAUCCCCAUGCCAUCAUCCCACUCCCUCUCUCUUCUCACUAUAACACCCUAUCGUUUACAGCCGAAGGCCCCUCACUAGCCCCCUUCUUUCACGGACUCCGAGAAGAGCGAGCGAGCGAGCGAGCGAUCGAGGCAGGGAGGGACAGCAGAGAGAACCUUUCUUUCUUCUCCGCCUGCCCUUUCUCUUUUUCUCCUUCCUACUAAUAGUUGUGAUGAAGCAUCCCAAGGCGCUCACUGACUCGCCUCAGCAGCAGCAGCCCCUCACGCACCACCACUUCUCUCUGACUUCCAAACCCCUGCUCGACUCCUCCCCCACCGUCGAUUCCAACAACGUCUCCGUCGCCGCCCUCUACGACGAGCCCACCUCCGUCCUCGACCACCACCUCACCUCCAGCCCCGCCACCGCUCCCACGGCCGCCCCCACCGCCGCUGCAUCCGCCGCCGCCGCCGACCUCCCUUUCCUCUCCUGGGCCGGCGGAGGCGACGCUCACCACCAUCACCCCCUCCUCUCCUCUGACGACUGGGACACAGCCUCCUUGCUCUUCGCCGAAAGGUGCGAUCUUCCCCCCUUCACCGAUGACUCCGAUCCCCAGUUCCUCGACGCGCCCUUCGACCUCCCCUUCGACCCCUUCGCUGCGGCCGCCGACCACGCCAUCCCCUCGCCGGCCUCCAGCUUCGACCGCGCCCAGCUCGACUUGCUCAUCAGCGCCGCCCGUUGCCUGGAGGCCAACGACUUCGCCACGGCGCACGUGAUAUUGUCGCGGCUCAAUCACCAUCUUCCCUCCGCCGGUGCGUCCCCUCUCCUACGUGCCGUCUUUCUCUUCAAGGAGGCCCUUUUAGCGCUGCUUCGCCCGUCCACCGCUGAACCCCUGCCCUCCGCUGCCGAGCUCGUCCGCCACAUCGCCGCCCACAAGGCCUUCGCCGACCUCUCCCCCGUCCCCCACUUCGCCACCUUCACCGCCACCCAGACCGUGAUCGAGGCGCUCGAUUGCGGCGCCCGGUCCAUCCACCUCAUCGAUUUCGACCUCGGCCUCGGCGGCCAGUGGUCGUCCUUCGCGCAGGAGCUCGCCGGGCGAAGCCGCGUCUCGCGCUCCUCGCCGCCGGCCGUGCGUAUCACCGCCGUGGUCGCGGAGGAGUCUGGAGAGACGGUCCUGGCGGCGGACAACCUCCGCGACUUUGCCCGCGGCCUCAACAUCAGCCUCGCCGUCAACUUCGUCCGCGUCGGAGGACUCGGAACGCUCGCCCUCAGCGGGUUCCGCCUCGCCGGCUCCGGAGAGCCCACGGCCGUCGUCCUGACACCCGCCAUCUUCCGCCUCCUCGGCUGCGGCGCCGCCUCUCCGGAUACCGCCGCCGCUCUGCUCCGGUUCGUCCGCCGCGUGUGUCCGCGGGUGGUGGUGUUCGUCGACACGGAGGGGGGAUCGGGCGGCCAUCCCCCGCCGUCGCUGCGGCGUACGGUGGCUGCAGGGGUGGAGCACUACGCGACCGUGCUGGAGUCGGUCGAGGCGGCAGCGGCGGAGACGGGGGCGAGGGAGGACGCGGUGCGGUGGGUGGAGCGGGCGGUGAUGCGGCCGCGCGUGGCGGCCGCGGUGGGUGAGUGGGCGGCUGGGCUGGGCCCGUGGCGGGAGCUAUUCGCGGGCGCCGGUUGGUCGCCCCUCCCCUUCAGCGAGUUCGCGGAGUCGCAGGCCGAGUGGCUCGUCCGGCGCACUCCCGUGGGCGGCUACCACGUGGCGAGGCGGGAAGGCGGCGCCCUCGUGCUAAGCUGGAGGGGGAGGGAGAUGGCGUCGACGUCUGCGUGGCGGUGCUGACUCCUUCCCGUCUCUUCUUUCAUCGAUGUCGAUACUAUCGAUUAGGCUGUGUGGGGUGUUUGGCUUUUGUUGUCACCGUAUGUUUACUUCCAUUUCAUUUCUUUUUCCUGUGGCCUUAAUUUAACAGCUGAUUUGGCUCAGCAAAAUAGACCGUAGGGAGACCAAAUAGGCGUUCCCUGUACUUUCUACUA